AUGUCUGAACGUCGCCGCCUCGUCCGGGUUCACGCUGAUAAGGUCGGAGGUCUUGAAAAGGAGGAGCGCCGCUGGCCAGGAAGGACCCCGCUACUUCACCAGCGACCAGUCGUGGAAGAUUUAUAUCACGGCCGUGUGCCCCCAGGCAUGACUCGAGACCAGGAAAAUAAACUAUGGGCGCAGCUACAGAAGUACAAGGAGCAGGCCAAGAAUCUUGACAGCAACAACUCGGCUUGA